AGUGGAAUGGCAUAGAGUUAGUGGAAUGGCUUGAGUAGAGGUAACUGAAAAUCACAUUUAAUGUAAUUAUAUAAUAAUUUAAGUAAAUUAAAGCUUUCGAUUUGUAUCAUUUGAGGAUUUUUAUAUCUUUUUGAUAUUGAGUUAUAUGUCAAAUCAAGAGAACUUUUGUUUAUUUGUUCUUUAGUGAAUGCUUUUCAAAAUGCCGCCAGAAGUAUAAUUGUGGAUAGGACGUUUCCAGUAUAUAAAGAAAACAAAAUCAGUUUUUUUUUAGUAACCAUAGAAAGCUGACACUGUUAAUUUGACUUGUGAUUAAAAAAAUCUAGAGAAUCGAACAGCGAUUUAUUUCUCAAUAUUUUGAGCCAAAAAUACUCGUAUAAAUUGAACUUCCUUAAUCCGAUUUUGUUAGAAUGGCAGAUGACGUACCUCUUAUAGCGCAGGUUAGUAAUGUGUCUAACCUUGCUACCUUGGAACAGAUGAAGAAAUUGUUUGGUUAUAUGGGAAAAAUAAAAGAUAUCAAAAUGUAUCCUACUAUAACUGUUUCACAGCCCCAGUUUAAAGUGUGCUACAUAAAGUAUGCAGAAUCUUGGAGUGUUCGUGUUGCAUUGCAUUUAACAAAUACUGUAUUUAUAGAUCGUGCUCUUGUUGUGGUUGCUAUACCAGGAGAUACAAUACCAAGUGAGGAUAAUACAGCCUUUGAUUUAAUGAAUCCUGCAUCAGCAUUACCAGGUUUAUUAUCUUCUGGAUUUAAAGAUGUUAGUAAUGAUAUUGCAGCUGUUGAUGGAAAUUUGGUAAUUACUUCUGUUGAUUCAAACUUAGAUAUAUUAGGAUUGCCUCAAUAUCCACCGUUAUCUGCAGACCAUGACCCUAAUACCAUUGAGGAAAUAAGAAGAACUGUUUACAUUGAAAAUAUAAGUCCACAGGUAACAGCUAAUCAGUUGCUUGAUUUUAUAAAUGGCGUGGUUGGAGAAGUUAAAUAUCUUCGAAUGGCUGGUCAUGAGUCAGAUUUGACUCAGUCUGCAUUUGUUGAGUUCACUGAUCGGGAUUCAAUUGUGAAGGCACUUCAGUGUGAUGGAAUAACACUAAAAGGCAAUAAACUAAAGAUUAAACAUUCCAGUUCAGCUAUUGUAAAGCCACCAAAAGAAUCUGAAGUUAUCUCAGAGAAGGAUACCGAAGAAGCUAUGAAGCGAUUAAAAGAAGCUGAAAGUUUGAUAGCACGUGUUGUUGAACCAGAAAUAAGUGGUGCGAAAAGUUCUUCCCGCUCAAGAAGGCGUUCAUCAUCUCGUUCUAGAAGGCGUUCUCGCUCUGCAUCAAGGCGUUCUCCAUCAAGAAGAUCACGUUCCAGAGAUAGAUCGUCUCGGGCUAAGCGAAAAAGGUCCUCUUCGAGGCGUCGAGAGUCUCGCUCUAGAAGUAAGCGUUCUGUAUCCCAUCGAUCACGUUCUAGAAGCAAGAUAAGACGGUCACGUUCAAGAAGUAAGAUCAGGCGCACUCGUUCAAGAAGCAAGAUCAGGCGCUCUCGUUCAAGAAGUAAACCAAAGCGUUCUCGCUCAAGAAGCAAAACAAGGCGAUCUAAAAGAAGUGAUCGUUCUUUAUCUAGGAGCAGAAGAUCUCGAUCCAAGCGUAGCGAAUCAAAAAGCAAGCGCAGUAAGAAAAGCCGUCGUUCUCGAUCUACAAGCAGGCAUUCUCGUUCAAGAAGAAGCGUUAGAUCACGUUCCAGGAGUCCUUUAUCACGUUCUAAAAGGAGUGCUAGGUCUCGAUCUAGGAGUGCAUUAUCAAGCUCCAAAAGAAGUGAGAGGUCUCGCUCUAGAAGUAGGCUAUCUCAUUCUAAACGAAAUGGGCGAUCACGUUCUAGAAGCCGGCUUGUGCACUCUAAAAGAAGCAAAAGAUCAAGAUCCAGAAGUAAUUUGUCUCCAAAGAGAAGUGGAAGAUCGCAUUCUAGAAGUAAAUCAUCGCGUUCAGAGAGAAAAGAAUCGCGUUCAAAAACUGAUGAAAAAAGAAGUUCAAAAAAAAGAAGUACACGUUCAAGAUCAACUUCUAGGGAACCUUCACUGGAUAAAAAGAAGAAUCUGGAGAAUAAAUUAUCACCAAAUAAAGAUGAUGAUGAUGAUGAUGAUCAGCAUCAUAAACCUUCCCUUGAUAUAUCAAAACCAUCCUCUGUUGGCUAUGAAGAAAAGCCAAUAAAUGUUCCUUGUGAUGAACCUGAGGUUGGAAGUAGUAAACUAAGUGAAAUGAAUGUUGCAAACUUACCAUGUUCUGAAAAUUGUGCGGAGUCUGUUCCUGAAGUAAAUGUUCAACACUCAGAGAAAGAAUAUUAUGAAGAAAAAAAGAGUGAGAAACUUGAACGUAAGGCAAAAAGCAGAUCUAGAUCAACAACUCCAAGUAAACCAUCUAGCAGAUCUGAACGUAAAUCUUCAAGUAAAUUGCGAUCUUCUCCAAAAGAACGGAAAGGCUCACGAUCUCCUAGUUUGAAAAUUCGAAGAUCGAGUUGGUCACCAUCUGAUGGAUCAUCUAGCCCAGAAUAUAAUCGCUCACGUGAUCGAAAGUCACGAGAUCGUUCAAGAUCUCCAAGAAAAUCAAGCAAGCGUUCAUCUAAGAGGUCAGUUACACCUAGUAGCUCAAGAUAUCAUAAAUCACAUAGUGAUAAGAGAAGAUCAAGAUCAAGCAAAAAAUCCUUAUCACCAACUUCAGAAAAACGGUCAAUUUCCAAAAGUCCAAGACGUUCAGUUAUAAAGGAAGAUAGUGAUAAUGAUGUUGAUACAUUUCGUAUAUUAGAUGGAAAAAAAGCAACUGCAGAAAUUCGACCAAAGAAAAGCAGUUACAACAGUGACAUUGAAGGUUCAGAUUCUGAUGCAUAAUUUACUUAAGUAUUGGAAUCUGUUACAGAAAACAGAAAUGCUUUUUACUUUUUUAAAAAAGAAUACGUUGAUCAAAGAAAAGAAGGGUUACUGUAAUAUUACAUCUUUUUCAAUAAAUGUUAUCAUAAAUAUGGUUUAAAAUAAAAUAGUAAGAAUAGAAAAGUGUAAUUUAUUUAAAGUAAUACAAUAAUAACUAUAUUUGAUAGCUAAAAAAAAAGUAUGUUCACAGUAUUGAGUUAAAUAGAUGAUUAAUAUUUUUUGCAUUCUAUUGAUCAUUUAUUUGUUUUGUUAAAACUUUAAAUCAUAGCUUCUAAUAAAUAAUUAUUGCAUGUCUUCUAUGUUCAUUUCAUCAAAGAGAAAGUGAAUUUAUGUAAUUAAGCACAUUUAUUGUAGUUUCAGAAAUGUAUGAAGAAAAAAUAAUUUUUCAUUUUUAUGCAAUUAAUAUUUAACUUUGCACAUUAAUAACUUGGCAUUAUUUGAUUUUGAAAGAGUGAGUAAUCCAUGUUCACUUAUCUUACAUUUUCCAAAUAAACUAAAUCUUCUGUAUGAAUUGAUGAAAUGUGUUUUUGAUGAAUUUCUUAAUGUAAUAUUAAUGUGUAAAUUACUAGUUUACUGUAAUGCGAACACGCCUUUCAUCUUGCUGCAAUGUAUUUCAUUUUCUUAGUUUAAAAUAUAGAAGUUUGAUGUGAAA